AUGAGACGUGGUGGCGGUUAUGGAGGUAGCUAUCCUAAUAGAUAUAAUGAUGGAAGAAGAAGGGGACCAGGCCCAAGAGAUAUGGGUAGAGGUAGAGGAGGAGGAGGUAGAGGGUUUGGCCGUUCAAGAGGUGAUUACGGUCCAAUCCUUGACAGAGAUUUGGAUAGCACAUACGAAGAAAAAGUAAACAGAAAUUAUGCUAAUAGCGUUUUCGUAGGAAAUCUAACCUAUGAUUGUACUCCUGAAGAUUUAAGAGAUCAUUUUUCUACUAUUGGUGAAGUUGUUCGUGCUGAUAUUAUUACAUCCAGAGGCCAUCACAGAGGUAUGGGUACAGUAGAAUUCACCAACGCAGAUGAUGUCAACGAAGCAAUUAGUCAAUAUGAUGGUUCCUAUUUAUUAGACCGUCAAAUUUUUGUUAGACAGGACAAUCCACCUCCAGAAGCUUCUCAUGAAAGUGAACCUCCAAGAGAAAGAAGAGAAAGAAGGACUUUAGGAAACGAUGGUUCAUUACAUAGUCAUAUAGGAUACGAAGUCUUCAUUGCUAAUUUGCCAUACUCUAUAAACUGGCAAGCUUUGAAAGAUAUGUUCAAGGAAUGUGGUUCAGUUAUUAGAGCUGAUGUCGAGUUAGACCGUAAUGGAUACUCUAGAGGUUUUGGUACUGUUAUAUUAGGAUCUCAAGAAGAUAUGGAAAGAGCAAUUAGCAUGUAUAAUGGAUAUGAACUUGAAGGCAGAGUAUUAGAGGUGAGAGAAGGUCGUUCCAAUAACCAAGAUGAAGAAAUGCCAAUCUCUGAAGAUAUUGAAAUAAAUGACAAUGGUAAUGAUAUAAAUGACGAAAAUGCCGGUACCUCUGAUCAAUUUACAGAUGGUGUAGUUGGUGGUGGUGAAAAGAAUGAAUUAAUUUACUGUAGUAAUUUACCAUUUUCUACAGCUAAAAGUGAUUUAUUUGAUUUAUUUGAAACGAUAGGUAAAUUGAAGAAUGCUGAAUUGAAAUUUGACCAAAAGGGUAACCCAACUGGUGUAGCUAUUGUCGAAUACGAAAAUGUCGAUGAUGCGCAAGUAUGUGUUGAUAGAUUAAACAAUUACAACUAUGGUGGUUGCGAUCUAGAUAUUUCCUAUGGUAAAAGAGAGUGA